AAAAAAGCAGUGUGCAGUGGUUCGCAAAGGUGUUGUGUAUUUUUGAACAAAGAACAAAUUAAAAUGAGAUUAAAUUGGAAAUGAAUAAUGUCGACCAUACGGUGACAAGUCUAGCCAGAUCGGCGGAAAACUACGUCACCAGUGACGGAUUCCCCCGAAACUGGGACAAAGUGCAGUGUACUCUGGCAUUGCGCUUUACCGGAAUCUCUCUCACUCCAUGUCCUAGUAUUCUCCCCCUCUUUUCCUCCUUCUCUCUCUUUCUCUUACUCUCAGGAUUGACCAAUCGUCUCGUCAUCCUCGAACCCUCGAUCGAAACUGACAGGUAAUUAACGACGAAUGGUGCAGGUUCAACAACAUAGUAUUUGGAGGGUUCAAUAUCAUGUCAGAUGGGGUUGAUGCUGGCGGCGGGGAAAACGAGGUAGAUUCUCAUUCCUGUUCGCACGCCGAUGUUGGAGAAUCCUCAAAUCCAAGAGAUGAAGAAAACUUGGAUUUAGAUAAUGAAGCUGCCUUAAAUACUAAUUAUGAUAGUGGUGAUGGUGCUGUACCAGCUUUUAGGUGUGAAAGGUGUGAAAAUUAUGAGACUAUAAAUAAGACAGCAUUCUGCGCUCAUCAAGAUCAAUGUUUGGCUAAUGCUGAGCCAGGGGAAAGCACAGAGAACAUAGAAGCUACUGAAAAUGAUGGAGAUGGAGAAGAAACACAUUCUGGAAUUCGUUCUCAUAGGAAAAUGUUUGAAUGUGAUGUAUGUAAUAUGCAAUUUUCCAAUGGAGCUAACAUGAGACGACAUAAGAUGAGACACACUGGUGUGAAACCAUAUGAGUGUCGUGUAUGCCAAAAAAGAUUUUUUCGCAAGGAUCACUUGGCAGAACAUUUUACAACACAUUCUAAAACUUUGCCAUAUCAUUGUCCAAUUUGUAAUCGAGGAUUUCAAAGACAAAUUGCUAUGAGAGCUCAUUUUCAAAAUGAACAUGUUGGUCAACAUGAUAUGGUUAAAUCUUGUCCUUUAUGCAAUUAUCGUGCAGCAACUAUGAAGUGCCUCAGGUUACAUUUUUUUAAUAGACAUGGAAUAGAUCUAGAUAAUCCAGGACCAAAUAGUUCAAGUUCAUUGAUGAAUAGCUGUGCUCCAGGCGAAGCUAUGCCUUCAGCUCCUCUUUCAGAUAGUGGAGACAGUACUGGAAAUCGUUCUGCAGAUAAUGCGACUCCACCAAUGCACUUUCUAACACCUCAUAUAGAAAUAUCAAUUCCUUAUCCUGAACAAAUUGCAAGUCAACGAAAUCCAAGUCCUGCUCCUUUAAAUGGAGAUAGCCCAAACAGUCCACAAAGUGCAGAUAGUAACAGUAAUGCUCCAAGUAGUAGUCAUCAUCAGUUACCAAUUAACAGUAGUGGCAUUCACAGGAAUCUUGGUGGCAGUGAAGAAGCAAUUACACCUUCUAUUUCAUUAAUUCCUAUUAAACAAGAACUAAAUAGUAAUGGAACAGAAGAAAAUGGAGCAACAUCUAGCAAUCUUCCAUUACCAUCUUUAAUAAAGGUCUCGCCAUUAAAAUCUCUUCUUCGAGAUGAUUUACGACGUAAACUUUCAUCUGGCUCAGGAAAUAAUAACAACAACAACAACAAUAAUGGUAAUAAUAGCUCAAAUUCAAAUCUACAUUCAAGAGGAGAACCUCCUAGUUCAACAAGGCCCGAUCAACGAAGCAAUGGACUUCAAUGCGCUCAUUGUAGAAUUACCUUUCCUGAUCAAACAUUAUAUUUUCUUCACAAAGGUUGUCAUAGUGAAAGCAAUCCCUGGAAAUGUAAUAUUUGUGGAGAACAAUGUUGCAAUUUAUAUCAAUUCAAUUCGCAUUUAUUAAGUAAAAGUCACCAAUAAUUAUUGAAAGAAUAAUAUUCUUUCAAUAAUAAUUCUUAGAACCU